AUGAAACGUGGUCUUGCCUGGCCAUUGGAAAAUAAACAAGAUUCACCGCAUCUGUUUGCCAACGGUGCAGUCAAAUGGUUCUACAAUUGGUCGUCCGACAAGAGAUCAGAUGUCAAUCUCGAAUUUGUUCCUAUGUAUUGGAGUGCUAAUAAGGAAGAUCAAAUUCAAUUUACUAGUAAAGUCCGCUCUCAAGGUGCUACGGUUAUAUUGGGCUUUAAUGAACCAGAACGAGAUGAACAAGCUAAUAUGAGUCCAGGCGAUGCUGCUCGUGUGUGGAAACAACACAUUGAACCACUAGCUAAUCAAGGAGUUCGAUUAGGAUCACCUAGUGUUGCUAGUACUGAAGAAGGUCUUAACUGGCUUCAAGCUUUUCUCAAUGCAGGUUGUCACAUUGAUUUUCUUGCUUUACAUUGGUACGGCCGUGGCACAGACAAUUUUCUUCGCUUCAUUACCAAAGCUCACGAACGGUUUGGUAAUAAACCAGUGUGGGUGACUGAGUUUGCAUGUACUUCUUGGAAUGCAAGUCAGCCCGUUUCACAAGAGGAAAUCAAUGACUUUUUCAGUCAAUCUAUACAAAAUCUUGACAGUAUCGACUGGGUCCAACGGUAUGCAUGGUUUGGAGCUAAACGUCAUCUUGAUGCGGCACUCGGUUCAGGAAAUUGUUUAAUCGAUCCCAAUGGCAAUUUAUCGGAACUAGGAAAAAGAUAUAUGAAUGGGUAA